GCGCACGCAUCCGGCCCGCGGUGCGCGCGCAGUCGGUGCGUCGGUCGGGGGCGCGCUCGGGUAACCUGUACCCCACGUAGUCGCCGGUUACCGAUCCGACUAAGUUCCAGUGGUGAUUUGCAAGUCAAGUUAAAAUGUCACCAGAAGUGGCCUUGAACCGAAUUUCUCCAAUGCUCUCCCCAUUCAUAUCUAGUGUGGUUCGCAAUGGAAAAGUGGGACUGGAUGCUACAAACUGUUUGAGGAUAACUGACUUGAAAUCUGGCUGUACAUCAUUGACUCCUGGACCCAACUGUGACCGAUUUAAACUGCAUAUACCAUACGCUGGAGAGACAUUAAAAUGGGAUAUCAUUUUCAAUGCCCAAUACCCAGAGCUGCCCCCUGAUUUUAUCUUUGGAGAAGAUGCUGAAUUCCUGCCAGACCCCUCGGCUCUGCAUAACCUGGCCUCCUGGAAUCCUGCAAAUCCUGAAUGUCUCUUACUUGUGGUGAAGGAACUUGUGCAACAGUAUCAUCAGUUUCAAUGUAGCCGCCUCCGUGAGAGCUCACGCCUCAUGUUUGAAUAUCAGACGCUACUGGAAGAGCCACAGUAUGGAGAGAACAUGGAAAUUUAUGCUGGGAAAAAAAACAACUGGACUGGUGAAUUUUCAGCUCGUUUCCUUUUGAAAUUGCCGGUGGAUUUCAGCAAUAUUCCCACAUACCUUCUCAAGGAUGUAAAUGAAGACCCUGGGGAAGAUGUGGCUCUCCUUUCUGUCAGUUUUGAGGAUACCGAAGCCACUCAGGUGUACCCCAAGCUGUACUUGUCACCCCGAAUUGAGCAUGCACUUGGAGGCUCCUCAGCGCUUCAUAUCCCAGCUUUUCCAGGAGGAGGAUGUCUCAUUGAUUAUGUUCCACAAGUGUGCCACCUGCUCACCAACAAGGUGCAGUACGUGAUUCAAGGAUAUCACAAAAGAAGGGAGUAUAUUGCUGCUUUCCUCAGUCACUUUGGCACAGGUGUCGUGGAAUAUGAUGCAGAAGGAUUUACAAAACUCACUCUACUGCUGAUGUGGAAAGAUUUUUGUUUUCUUGUACACAUUGACCUGCCCCUGUUUUUUCCUCGCGACCAGCCAACUCUCACAUUUCAGUCUGUCUAUCACUUUACCAACAGUGGACAGCUUUAUUCCCAGGCCCAAAAAAAUUACCCAUACAGCCCCAGAUGGGAUGGAAAUGAAAUGGCCAAAAGAGCAAAGGCUUAUUUCAAAACCUUUGUCCCUCAGUUCCAGGAGGCAGCGUUUGCCAAUGGAAAGCUCUAGGAAACACCAGUCUUGAGAGGGGGCCAGCAGACUCCUCUGUCCACAUGCGUGUCAGCACAUAUGGCCGCUUCCUGGAAGCCACUUGGAAUGUCUUCACGGCAGCGUUUUGCUUACACAGCAGCUUUUCGAGCCCCAGACAGCCCCGACUCUCCCGGAGCCCAAACCGAGCUGGCUGGCUGGCGGUACCCGGCAUCCUCGAGCCCCCACACCUGCUUGCUCCCUCUUUGUUUCCUUCGGCAUAGUUCUUAGUGGGGAGAAUUAUAGUCAAGUCGCAACACAGUAUUUUUCCAGGGAAAGUAAGACAUAAAUGCUCACGUCCGUAUUCCAAAGACUUUGUCUCCGAGAACUCUUUUAAGUUUACAAUUAAACACAUCUUCGCUUUUUCCCCCCGAAACCGGUGUAUGACGUGGAUUUUACACCCCAGCGUUUCUCACGUGGGGCUGUCCCCCACUGGAAGAAAACUGGCCCAGUGAACCUGAGCAACCUGCAGCGUUUCGGCCACCCAGCCAGGCAGGCCGGCAGGAGCGCUGGGUUCCAGUGCCUCCCCCUGCCCUUCUGGCUUCCCCUGCACAGCCCAUCCUGACCCAGCUGCAGUCUUUAAAAUUUGCUGAAUGUGUGUGUGAUUCCAUCCUUCCCUCUCUCCCAGCACCCUCCCUGGCUGGGCUGAUGGGGGCGCUCUCUGGGCUUAUGCAGCACUGUGCCGGUUAUACCUGAGAGGCCAAAGGUGGGUCUCAUGCCUGGUGUGCGUGUGAUAACCGCAUGCAAGACUGGCACAGCUCCAGACUUUAGGAGACACCCUGAGCAAGCUCCAUUUUUCUUAAACGUGGAUUAUCAGAGCUGGAGGGGCCUCAGAAGUCCUCUAGUUUCCACCCCAGCCCUCUCACCUGCUCUUCCUUUCGGUGUACAGAGGCAGGAACUAAGGCCCCAGAGCUUCCGAAGCUUCCCCAGUGAAUUGCAAACCCGGGAGGGGAGUAGCGAGCCAGGCCUUCCCACAUCCUCACACAACUUCCCUUGACGCUCACAGCCACCCGCUGUACAAGACGUACAGUUGCGUUCAGCCUUGUUUCCCCUGAAGACUUUCAACGCAAGGAACGGGGAGCCAUGCACGGGGGUGAGAGAAGCAGCAGCGGGCCUGGGCCGCCUGUGUUUGCGCUUACACCACACCCACCUGCCCUUCUGGCCGAAGGUGAAGCCCACACUGGCCUCUCCUGUUCCCUCAGUUCCCCUUGUGGCCCUCCCUACAUAGUUAUGGUACUUGUUAUGGUGCCCAGGGAUGUUGUCAGGAGGCAGGAGAGCAGCUUGUCAGACCUCUGGCUUGACCACCAGCUGAAGGGCUGGUUCUUCUACCAUGGGCCUUUCCCCAAGCCCUGACACCUGGGGACUUCCCAUGGUGGAGAGCAGCCAGUGCCCAGUGUCUGAACCCCAGCGUUCCCGUAUGCUGGCUGUGUGACCUUGAGUCAGUCCCGUCUCUGUAAGGCAAGCACUUGGCUCCUCAGAACAGCGGGAGCUUUCUGGAAUUUCUGCCCAGGCCCCACGGCAAGCCUGCUUCACCAGACAUGGCUGGCACCUGGACUUUGAUAAAACAGUCCAGGUGAUUCCACUGAGCAAGUGGUCAUGACCUAAAUUAUAAAUUAGCUGGGCUCUCUGGAGUCUCUUCUGACGCCGGCUGGCUGAUGACGGCCCACUCCACACCAGGGCAGCUGCAGCCAAGCCCCGCUCUCUGCUUCAUGACACUGGCUCUGAGGCUUGCUGUGGCCACCCUCUCCCCUUGGAGGGCCAUGGGUUGGGCUUGCUGUCCACAAAGCCAAAAGCUGACUGAGUCAGGUUUGCUUCUACCCAGGAGGGGCUUCAAGUGCCAGUGCGAACAGGAUGGGUGGCACCUGUGGGAGGGGGCGAGGUCACGUGACCUGGACCCUGAGCAUUGCAAAUAGCCAGCCUGGAGUGACAGCAGCCAAGAGCGGCCAGUAUGGUGGGGGAUCGUCACCCUCCUGCCCCUGCUGACCUCUGAGGGUCCACAGAUGCUCAGGCUGGCCAGAUAAUGCAGCUGUGGUCUAACACGGAAGGGCUGUUGGGCUUUAUCUCAGCCCAUCUUAAGGAAGCAAUCAGUAGGCUUGUCUCUGUUCUGUAGAUGAGGAAGAAGACUUGGGGGUCUAGUUACCCACCCAACAUUACAGCCAGCUGGUGCCAGAGUCGGGACCCAACCUAGCUCCUGACUCCACAGCGGGUGCCUUGUUUCCCGUCUUACGACUCUCCAGUAACAGACUUAAUUUCUGUCUUUGCUGGUGAAAUCAUGCAGAAUUUCAUAAACCAUAGGUGUGUGAGCAUGGAGAGAGAAUUUUUAAAAGAGUUGCAGCUCCCUAGCCACAGCGGGGAUGGUUUAAACUGGUGUUUUUAGGGGAAACCAAAGGGAUGGAAACAACCAUUUCAUACUUCAGAUGCCUGGGAUUCACAACUGGAUUUUCUCUCUACCCCAACAGUAACAGAAGCAAAUGGUGCUUGUAAAUGGACGAUGGUCCCCUGUCUGUUUUUAAAGAUUUCUUGCUAGUUCCGCCAUUGCUGGGCAUUGUUCCUGCACACAGAGUGCAGCCCAGGACUAAUUAGUAAAUGGCCAUAAAAUGCUUUGAAGAUGAAAAGUGCCAUAUAUAAGAGGACAUUAUUAUUACCUCGUAAAUCCUGUCUCCAGCUUACUCAGCCCUUAUAAUUUCAGUUGAUCUUGAGCUCAGCACAGACAAGGACUCAUGUUUACUAAUAACACCCGGGUAUGUGCAGGCCUCUCCUGGGGGCGCCGGGACCGAGGCCCAGGCCCAGGAGGCAGGUCAGUCUCCCAGCCACUGGGCUCCUGAGGACCCACUGCCUACAACCCGAUGACGCUGCAGCACAGAGCCCACCUUCUGUGGACAUCAACUGGAAAGCGUAUGAGCUUGAGGAGAGACACACUUGAAUCCUGCCUCUGCCCACUCAGGGUCUGGUAAAUACUUAAUAACCGGUUCUUCGGUGGUUUAAAAAAGAGGAAAAUAAAGGAGGGGGUUCCCAGUGUGUCCUGCCUGCCGAUUCCCAUGGUGUCAAUACUCCCACCAUGAUAUCAUGCUGUCUGCUGAGGUCAGAGUACAGACUUGGGAUCGGGACAAGGAGGGGGCUGUGGGGU